AUGGAGAGGACCGGCGCCCACAGCGGCAAGCGGUGGCUGCCGGGCCUCAUGCUCCUCGCCGCCACGUCGUGGCUUCUCGUCAUCUACUUCCAUCUCGCCGUGCUCCGCGGCACACCGGUCGUCAGCGAGCCGCGCGGGUCCCUCGCCGAGAUCGCGUCAGACGACAGCGGCGACGGGCAGCGUCUCCUGCUCCAGCACGAGGAGCGGCUCAGCAAGGUGAAGAAGGCCCCGCCCGCCGCCACGAGCAACGCACUCCCGGCGGCACGGCACGAGCGGCGACGUCGCGACGACGACGAGGACUGCCGCGGGCGGUACGUGUACAUCCACGACCUCCCGCCGCGGUUCAACGCGGACAUCCUCGCCAACUGCCGCAAUUGGUACCCGUGGAUCGACAUGUGCGUGUACCUCGAGAACGGCGGGCUGGGCCGGCCGGUGGACAACGCGGACGGCGUCUUCGCCGACGAAGGGUGGUACGCCACGGACCACUUCGGCCUGGACGUCAUCUUCCACAGCCGGAUGAAGCAGUACGACUGCCUCACUUCCGACUCCUCCGGCGCCGCCGCUGUGUUCGUGCCGUUCUACGCCGGCUUCGACGUCGUGCAGCACCUGUGGGGCGUCAACUCCACGGCCCGGGAGAAGGACGCGCUGCCGCUCGACCUCGUGGACUGGCUCACGCGCCGGGCCGAGUGGCGCGCCAUGGGCGGCCGCGACCACUUCUUCCUGUCCGGGAGGACGGCGUACGACCACCAGAGGCAGACGGACAGCGACUCCGAGUGGGGGAACAAGCUCCUCCGCCUGCCGGCGGUGCAGAACAUGACGGUGCUCUUCGUCGAGAAGCUCCCCUGGACGAGCUUCGACUUCGCCAUACCGUACCCGACCUACUUCCACCCGGCCAGGGACGCGCAGGUCGUCGAGUGGCAGCGGCGGAUGCGGGCCACGAAGCGCGAGUGGCUCUUCUCCUUCGCCGGCGGCGCGCGGGACGACCCGUACUCCAUCCGGCACCAGCUCAUCAGGCAAUGCGGCUUGUCGAGCUUCUGCAAGCUAGUGCAGUGCGGGAAGAACCAGAGGAACUGCCUCGUCCCGAGCAACUUCAUGCGCGUGUUCCAGGGCACGCGCUUCUGCCUGCAGCCGACGGGCGACACCAUGACGCGCCGGUCCGCGUUCGACGCCAUCAUGGCCGGCUGCGUGCCGGUCUUCUUCCACCCGGACUCCGCGCACACGCAGUACAGGUGGCACCUCCCCGAGGCGCACGACACGUACUCGGUGCUCAUCCCGGAGGCGGACGUGCGCGCCGGCAACGUCAGCAUCGAGGAGACGCUCCGCAGGAUCCCGCCGGACGUGGCGGAGCGGAUGACGGAGACCGUCAUCGGGCUGAUACCGAGGCUGGUGUACGCGGACCCGAGGUCCAAGCUGGAGACGCUCAGGGACGCCGUCGACGUUACGGUGGAGGCGGUCAUCGGGAGGGUCAACAAGCUGAGAGAGGAGAUGGCCCGCGGGCAAGAGCAUCUGCUGCAAAAGCAAAGCGGUAACGAUGGUGUUCAGCAAACCUAG